AAACUUAUCGCGCCCCGCCAAUUUUCAUGCAGCCCAAAAUUAUUUCGGUUUAUCGCCUGUCUUGGAGCUCCAAACAUAAGAUACCCCAUUCUUCAAGCACCAAUUGCAGGACAACCUUUGUAAUGGCGCCAUCCAAGACCUCGACGGUGAAGAACAAGCACGCUUCGAAGCGCAGCGCCAACGGUUCCGGAAUCUCGAACUCGAAGUACUCAACGAGGCCCCAGAAUGACGGCGUGAGCAAGAAGAAGAAGGAAGCGCCGAAGACAGCAAAGGGAACAGGAAAGCCGCGAUUCAAGAAGAGGCGGGUGUACACCGAGAAGGAGCUGAAUAUUCCGGCUCUGAAUAUGAUUACACCCGUGGGCGUUGAGAAGCCGAAGACGGGGAAGAAGGGAAAAGUUUUCAUCGAUGAUAGGGAAUCCAUGCUUACGAUUCUGGCGAUGGUACAUGCCGACAAGGAUGGCCAAAUUGAGUCGAAGAUGAUGAAGGCGCGCCAGAUGGAGGAGAUCCGCGAGGCCCGCAAGGCAGAGCAGGAGAAGAGGAUAGAGAUCCGAAAGGCGAAGUUGGACGAGACCAAAGAUGGCAUGCGCAAGAAGAGGAAGCGUGAGAAGGCGGGUGGUGACGCCAUGGAGGGCGUAGAGACGAAGGAGAGGCUGGGCACGAAACCGCUGAAGGUUAAGAAGAAGAGCGUCAGCUUUGCGUAGACGGAAGCCGAGGCAGACGAAGCAAAGAUGUAGGUUGGGAUAUAGCAUUGUUGGGACACUGUGAAAAUGGGUGGGGAGGCGUUAUUGGCGGGGCUUAUAGGCGUUGUCCUGGAUCAGCUGAAUUGCUGAAACCGAUACCAAAGAAUAUGAAAAUUGGCCUUAUUAUAUUGGGUUCCACCUGUCAUAUGUUGAUAUCAGUGCCCAAGAUCCGUCUAUAGUACAAGUUCGGAGUCAUGGUGUUGGUGGCCCUCUGGCGAAGAUGGAACGUGAUUGGCAUCCAGCGCCAAAGAAAAUUGGCCCUCAUGAUUGAUUAUUGAAAACUCCGUCUAUAUCUAUCUAAUGCACAUCCAAGUUCCACAUGCAAAGGUAUAAAGCGCUCGGAGCAAAACAGUCAAAUCAACUCUAACGCAGUCCAUUCCACGCUAUCGUUUUGGAAGUGGACCUCCUAUCUAUUAUCCCUAAACAGUGAG